UCGAUCGAUGCCGCGCUCCCGGGCGCUAUAAAGGGGCCGCGCCGGGCUCGGGCGGCGGCAGCGGCGCUCAGCUCCCCCGGCGCGCCCACCAUGGCCAUCCCGCCCCUGCUGCUGCUGCUGCUGCCGCUGCUGCUCCGGGGGUCGGCCGCGCCCCCCGCACCCCCCAGGGCCCCGCGGCACUCGGAUGGGACGUUCACCAGCGAGCUCAGCCGCCUGCGGGACAGCGCGCGGCUGCAGCGGCUGCUCCAGGGCCUGGUGGGGAAGCGCAGCGAGCAGGAUACGGAGAACAGCACGAGCCGGACCACGCCGGCGGAGGGCCGCCUCUGCCUGCACUGGCCCGGCAUGUCCACCCUGCAAGCCUGGAUGCCACUGAGGAACCCCCUGGAUCAGGCCUGGUCUCCCCAGCUGCCUCCUGGAUCUGGGUCUGGGGCCACGUUUUCAGAGCCAGCCGUCCCUGCUGCAGAGGUGACACAGAAGACAUCCUGAGGAAGAAGGAACCUCCCCGCCACCCCAAGGGGAGCAGAGUGGAGCCUGGGCAGGGGAGGGG